UAGACCCAUUUCACGUUACGUAAUAGAUAAGCCGUCCGCCAUCUUGGAGGUAUCGAUAAGCACCGCCGCUAGCAGACUUGACAUCAGUGAAAAUACUUUACAAAAUGGUGAAUUAUUGUAGAGUUUAUGGAUGUUUCAACCGGUCAGAUAGAGAAAAAGAUAAACAGUUUUAUCGUCUACCAGAGGUUAUAACUCGUGAAGGUGAAAAAUCCCUUGAAUUAUCUACUGAACGUCGGAGAUUAUGGCUAGCGAGGCUGAACCAAGAUUUCUCAGGAAAAAACUUGAAAAACAUCAGAGUGUGUUCCGACCACUUUAUAUCACACAAGAAGGCAACACUGUAUGACAAGGACAGUCCAGACUGGGUGCCAUCUGUUAACAUGGGUCACGCACAGCUCCCGACAACUCCAUCACCCCAAGUAGCCAGUGCCCGGUUUGAACGCCGCAAAGCCAGGAAUGACAAGACAGACGCCGUCCGUACCCUUCUGGCUUUUAGCGAGAUGGACACCGAAGUGACUGAUCCUGAACCGACCACUGUGCCAGCGACAGAAACACAGACUGACAUAACAGGAGUCGCGUUUGAUGCCAUGACAAAUGAACUUGCCCAUCUCCAAAAGAAGUCAGACUCUAUGAGUCUACUUGUGAAUACUCAGAUUCCCUAUUCCCAAGAGUUUUUCAUUGGAAAUGAUGAUAAAGUUAAAUAUUUUACAGGACUGGGAAGUUAUGCUGUAUUGAUUGUCCUUUUCAAUAGCCUAGAGACUUUUCUGCCUUUGAAAAUCACACUUACAAAGUUUCAGUGCUUCAUCCUGACCCUGAUGAAACUCAGACUUAACCUGUCAAAUCUGUUCCUCGCAUACCAGUUCAACAUUUCUCCAUCUACAGUCUCAAGGAUUUUUAAUGAUAAUAUAAAUGUUAUGUAUGUUCGCCUCAAACCAUUUGUGCACUGGCCGGAGAGAGAAUUUCUUCGCAAAACAAUGCCCAUGCAGUUCCGCAAACACUUUGGAAAGAAGUGCGCUGUUAUAAUCGAUUGCUUCGAAAUAAGAAUUGAGACCCCAUCAAGUGUAAAAGCCCGCUGUGAGACAUUUUCGGCAUACAAACAUCACAACACAGUGAAAUUUUUGAUAGGAAUUACUCCGCAAGGAGUUAUUUCAUUUAUUUCGAAUUCAUGGGGUGGUCGCACAAGUGACAAACAUAUAACCGAACAGAGUGGUUUCCUGGAUAACCUUUUACCUGGAGACCUUGUGUUAGCAGAUAGGGGAUUUGACAUUGCUGCCAGUGUUGGAACAUUAUGUGCUCAGGUAAAAGUCCCUGCCUUUACUAAAGGUAAAAGUCAAAUGUCGCCUUUGGACGUAGAAACGACACGGAAACUUGCAAAUGUGAGAAUUCAUGUUGAACGAGUUAUUGGAUUGGCAAGGCAAAAGUACACUCUUUUGAGCAGCACCCUACCAAUUGAAUUUCUGGACACAAGAGGUGAUGGAGAUAUUCCACUAAUAGACAAAACUGCGGUAGUUUGUUGUGCCCUCAUAAACAUGUGCGAUUCAAUUGUAUGCUUUGAUUGA